GUGAACGAGGAAAGUUGUUUCGGAAUAAGGUGCUGUCCAGUCCAUGUGUAAUAGAAUGGUGUGUUGAAGUUGAAUUUGCAGAAUGAUUGUCAAAUAAAAAUGCCGGUUGGAGAUGACAGCUAUUGAAUGGCGCGAAUAUUCUAAUCCAGUUAAAAUAGAAGCAUUCAGUUCCUUGCUAAUUAAACGUGUUGGAGCUAUUGGCGAAGGAAUUAAAACCGGGAACAUGACUCCAGGAAUAUGUAGCGGAGUGGAAGAAAUAACUACUGAAGACAUGAAGUCAUCUUACAUCGCCAUUACAUUAGAGCCAAUUGAAAAUGAAUUAGAAGACUUUGACCACGUUGAUGAGCUUAUUAUGUACUUAGUGAGCUUUUUAAGAAUUAUAAGAUGGAAAAUAUGUAACUUUAGAAGAGAAGAUAAGUGCCUUCAUUGACUAAAAAUCCAUAAUGAAAUCAGAAAGACUUACGUCACUGUUUUCUUUUAUUUGAGCUAGAAAAUAACUAAGUUCCAUUCAGUUACUAAAAACACGUUAAAAAAAAGUGCUAAUAGCAGAAUCUUGAAUAUUUGGAAAUUAUACUGUUAAAUACAUGUACAUUACAUUUAUUGUGCCACUAUCAUAUGUUUGUGUAUGAAUUUUGUGACUAAUAAUUAAAGUUUCAAAUGA